UGGAAUUCUUCAUUGUUGCGCGCAUUCCCCACCCAUGGGUGCAGGUGUGUCUACCUUCCCUUUGGAAGUUACAAACACGGAAGUUUUGGACUGUGCGACUCGUUUUACCACUGCACUAAUGGGGUGUGCACUAGACUGGAUUAACUGUGUCGUCUUACUUUAAAAGACAUGCUGAGGUGAACCGAAAUACGCGAAAACAAACCGACCGAGGCAGUGAGCGAAAACAACUCUUUUCAACUGGAACCAGGUUCCAGCGGGAGUCCCAAUCAUGGCAUCCGCAGGGCAGAUGUAUCCGACGGAGGGAGCGGGGCUCGGGGAAAACCUGUCGAUCCACGGCAGCACCGACAAGCUGAGCUCCUCGGCUGUCAACCGCAUCCUGAUGGAGUUCCUGAUGUACUUCGGCAGAGCCAUGCUCUUCUUCUACCCCGUGUAUCUGACAGGAUACCUGGGGCUCAGUAUCAGCUGGGUGCUGCUGUGCAUGGUGAUGGUCACUUGGUGGAGGAAGAACCGACAGUGGAAAGACGCCCGGUUCGGAACCGCGUUCGAUUUUGUUGACAAUGAAUCACAUGUGGUCCACAGGGAGCUGGAAAACACCUUACAAAUGGCAUCAUGGGUCCACUUUACAGAUGUUGAGAAAGUUGGCUGGGUUAACAAGGUGUUGGAGCAGGCCUGGCCUUUCUUUGGGAUGUUCAUGGAGAAGCUCCUUAAAGAAAGCAUCCAGGCGACUGUCAGGCUCUCCAGCCCUGCGCUCAAGACGUUCUCUUUCACCAAGGUCCACUUUGGACACAUACCUCCUAGGAUCACAGGAAUAAAAGCACUCACACAUGAAGUGGAUCACAAGGAGGUGAUUCUGGACAUGGUUAUAAGUUAUGACGGUGAUGUGGACAUCGACACGGAAGUGAAGCCGGCAAUCACAGCUGGGGUCAAAGGACUUACACUCCAGGGGAAUCUGAGGGUCAUUUUGGAGCCUCUUAUUGGCCAAGCACCGCUGGUGGGAGGAGUCACCUUUUUUUUCAUUCGCCGUCCUACACUACAAAUCAACUGGACAGGCAUGACCAACCUUCUGGAUACCCCUGGUUUCAGCUCGGUGUCUGAGGGGACCAUCAUGGACAUCAUUGCCUCACUCAUGGUGUUGCCCAACCGCAUGUGUAUCCCCCUCAUAGACCAGGUCAAAGUGGAUCAGAUGAGGUUCCCACUACCCAGAGGUGUGGUGAGGGUCCACCUGCUGGAGGCCAGAGACCUGGUGCCCAAGGACACAUACAUGAUGGGUUUAGUGAAAGGCAAAUCAGACCCGUAUGCAACACUCACAGUGGGCAACAAACAUUGCAAAAGCAAGACCAUCAAAGAGACUUUGUUCCCCACGUGGAAUGAAGUGUAUGAGUUUGUGGUCCAUGAAGCCCCAGGACAAGAGUUGGAGAUGGAGCUAUUUGAUGAGGACACGGACAAAGAUGACAAACUUGGAACGUUUAACCUUGAUUUUGGAGAAGUGAAGAGGGAUAUAGAAAUGGAUGAGUGGUUUCCCCUGGUAGGGGUCCCGAGUGGAGAAGUUCAUCUCAAGCUCCAGUGGUUUUCCCUUAAAUCUGACCCCAGCCUGCUGAGGGAGUCCACAGACGGCCUUGCUUGUGCUAUGCUUGCAGUGUAUCUGGACAGCGCCUCAAACAUACCAAAAGAUCACAGUGAGAUCGGCGAGCAUCACAAGCACGGGAAGCACUCAAGGGAAGCUCGGCUCACAAAGAGAACUGUCUGCCCAAACUCCUUUGUGGAAUUUUCCAUUGGUGAGGACGUUCAAAAAAGCAAGGUUGUGUACUCAUCCAAAGACCCGAAGUGGGAGGAGGGCUUCACCUUCUUUGUGCAUAAUGUCAAAACACAGCAGCUCAUGCUUCAGGUCAAAGAGCCAGAGAAGAAGACCCAGCUUGGUGUUCUCAACAUACCUCUGACUCGCCUCCUCAACGUCUCCGACAUGACCCUUGACCAGCGCUUCCCGCUCGAGCGCUCCGGAGCAAACAGCCAGAUCAAGCUGAAAGCCACUCUCAGGAUUCUUGCUGUGGAAAAGCCUCCACCCAAGAUUAUCCUGAACCCUCCUCCUAAAGACAAACAACAAAUACCACAGUCUACACAAGGGGGUAACGCCCCUGCAGCCAAUCCCUCCACUGCUACAUCCUCCUCUCCAGCACUGUCCCCCAACACCAACCUUGCUCCCCAGUCCUCAUCUGCACAGUGGGUAGCCGAUACCCAGAAUGGCCCUGAUGAAACCUGGCAGUCGCCUUCUUCUUCCACACCAAACAUGCGUCGGUAUGACUCCCACAGCCUGCUGUCGGAGAACUCCAUGGCUUCGUCACGUUUUGACAUUUCAGAUGGGUCCUCGUAUCCUGAGGCCAUCAAGAGACAUCAGGGUUCAUUUGGGGAGAUCCAGCUGUCUGUACGCUAUGCUGUCCUGAGGAACAGACUCAUUGUGGUGGUUAACUCCUGCAGGAACUUAUUCCGCUUCAGUGAGAAUGGCACAGACUCUUACGUCCGCCUGUAUUUUCUCCCUGAACAAUCAUGGCUGCACCGCAAGAGGACACAUGUCAAGAAGAGGACAGUCGAUCCUGUCUUCAAUCACAAGUUUGAAUUUGACGUGUCCCUUCAAGAAGCACAAAACAGAAAGUUGGAUGUGUCGGUGAAAAAUGGCAAGAUGUUCCACUCACGGGAGAGAAAGGACAUAGGCAUGGUGAUGAUAGAUCUUUCACAGUUGGAUUUAGUCAAAGGCACAACAGAAUGGUAUGAACUCACACUGCCUGGGCUGAAGAAAUACAGCUAGCGGGUAGAGCUGUAAAGCUCCUCAGACACUGCCAGACCAAAUGCAGGCCUGAUAAAUUCUGGGAGAGCUGCACUUUCCUUUUGUCUUCCUUAUCAUCGUGGACCAGAGUUGGGUUCUCCAAAUGCAGCACUAAACUCAGAUACGGAACAUAUUUGGUUCUGUUUGUCAAAGUCUGUACGCUCACAGGCACAUACAGUAAUAUUCCAAACCACAACCCUGCUUAGGGUCUUACUUGGAAUAAAGUUUUUCAGUGCAGUUGUCGCACUUAUAGAUAUCCCCCAUGAUAUAACAAUAUAUUCUGUUUCAAAUUAUCUUGUUCGAGCACACACACAAAGCUGCAUAUAAGACUUUCUGAACAUGCAUUGGUAUCCUAGAUAAUGUCGACAUAAGAAGAAUAUUUUCCAAUUGAUUCAUAAUGCUGUAGCUGAGAAUCUAUUUUCCAUAAUGUAAUUUAUCAGAGCAUUUUCGUAUUUAUACAAGAAACAAGCUAAUAUCUUUAAUUCACAUAUUUUUUGUGUGAGGUUUUGUUUUUGCAUUGCCAAAGUAAUCCUGUUUGUAUUUGUUGUGUGAAUAUUUGUAUUGAUAGUGUUAUGUAAUAUUUUAUAGCAGGGGGAAUAAAAGAUAAACUAAGUGU